AAGAAUUAGAUUCUGGAGCAGUUUUAGUUUCUUCAAUAAACGCUGUGAUUACAAACUACUCAGCUCCCGAGCUGUUGGACAGGAUGGCCACAGGCGCUAGUGAGUGUCCCGGGAAGGCCAGUCAGCACCGGGUGGAUCACCUCCUCAGCGCGGUGGAGAGUGAGCUGCAGGCCGGCAGCGAGAAGGGCGACCCCACGGAGAGGGAUCUGAAAGUUUCCCUGGAUGAGAGCGAGCUCUGGCAAAAAUUUAAGGAUCUAACUAAUGAAAUGAUAGUUACAAAAAAUGGCAGGCGCAUGUUUCCCGUGUUGAAAAUGAACGUGUCUGGAUUGGACCCGAACGCCAUGUACUCUUUUUUGCUUGACUUCGUAUCUGCGGACAACCACAGGUGGAAAUAUGUGAAUGGGGAAUGGGUCCCUGGAGGAAAGCCUGAACCUCAGACUCCCAGUUGUGUGUACAUCCAUCCAGACUCUCCAAAUUUCGGAGCGCACUGGAUGAAAGCUCCGGUCUCCUUUAGCAAAGUCAAACUCACCAAUAAACUGAACGGAGGAGGUCAAAUAAUGUUAAAUUCCUUACACAAGUACGAGCCACGCAUCCAUAUAGUGCGGGUUGGAGGCCCGCGGAGGAUGAUCACCAGCCACUCGUUCCCAGAGACACAGUUCAUUGCAGUAACAGCGUACCAAAACGAAGAGAUAACUGCUCUAAAAAUAAAGUACAAUCCUUUUGCCAAAGCCUUCCUGGAUGCAAAGGAAAGAAGUGAUGACAAAGACAUGAAAGAAGAUGCAAAUGACAACCAGCAGUCAACUUACUCUCAAUUAGGUGGCUGGUUUAUUCCAGGCGCAGGUUCCCUCUGCCCUCCUGCCAGUCCUCACAGUCAGUUCGGGAGCCCCAUCUCUGUCUCGCCGUCCCACGGCUGUGAGCGCUACUCCACGCUGAGGAACCACCGCUCUGCCCCCUACACCAGCCCGUACACCCAUCGGACCAACUCGCCCACUGGCUACUCUGAUAACUCUUCAGCUUGUCUGUCGAUGCUUUCAAGCCACGACAACUGGUCCGGUCUACAGAUGCCGACACACUCUAGCAUGAUGCCCAUGGCCCACAAUUCCCCCUCUGGUACCAACUCAAAUCAGUACACCAGCCUGUGGUCUGUGAGUAACUCGCCCCUGACUCCAGUGUCCCAGACUGGGGGGAUAAACAACAGUCUGAGCUCCCAGUUCCUGCGAGGGUCCAGCAGCCACUAUCCAAGUCUGUCUCACUCAGUCACAGUGCCCUCCUCUGGCUCUCCCAUGUACGACACCGGCACAGCCACAGAAGUGCACGACACAGCUCAGUACGACACUUCUCCACACGGGCGACUAUCUUCAGCCUGGACUCCUGUUACCCCUCCGUCCCUGUGAGGGAAAUGUCUCUGCAAGCAAGCUGGGAGAGAGACGGCAGUGAAAUGUUUUGUCUUCUUGACUGCAGGAUGUUUGAUCUGCUGAGACUUUAAGGAAGAAUCAACCCCAAAUUGAAAAGAUUUUUAUUAGUUUCAAAAUCAAAUUUCACAGGCAAAAUACUCUUGUAAGGUUUUGGUAAACUUGGAUUAAUUCAAGAUCUUCACAUUCCAAGAUUUUUGCACUUUUUUCGAUUGGCUCUAACAAAAAGCAGAUGAGGCUUUUGAGUUUUUAAACUCAACAUGCUUUCAUUUGCAUAAAUAACCUAGAAAAACAACAAGAUGAACAUGUUUGUUUUUAUUAUGUAUGUUGAUCGGAUGCUUUUUAUUCAACAUACUGUAGUAGAAAAAGUGUAUUGUAAUGUUUGUGAACCAAAAUUAAAUUUUGAAUCUGCUUAUAUUAAGCAUAACAAGAUACUCAGAGCAGUAAACUAAAAGAUGUACAUCUGAAAAUGUUAAAUGAUUUUAAACAUUGUUUAUAGUGUAAAUGAGAAAACAAUCCUGCUGUACCUCAUGAGGCAUGAGGUUUACCAUGUAAAUAAGUUAAGCUUUUUGUACCACAGCGACGCUGUUUGAGAUCAUAUGCUCCAGAUUAUUUUAAAAU